AUGACAGCGAAAGUGAUUAACAACAACGACGUUCUUGGGUUUGAAUCAGAGAAAGCGACUUGCCCUCAAAGACUCAACUCGAUGGAUCUACUUUCCGAGUGGACUGGGUUAACUCGAUCAUUAAAGAUCUAUGACUCUGAGAUCGAUGAGUUGGAGUCAAAUGCUCUCUGGAAAAAGGUUCAAGGGAGAAAGAAUGUGAUGUUUGUAGUUGUAACAAACACGGGAGAUGUUUUUGGGUCCUUCCAUGGUAUAUUGCCUGAGAAACAAGGUGCUUGGGUGAGAGAAGAUAAAGACCAAUUCAUCUUCUCUUUAGAUAACAACCAAGGCUAUCAACCAACUAAGUUUAAGCCAAAGUCAAUGACCCACCAACUUCUUUCAAUCGCCAAGAAAAAUCAGAAACAAAAAAUGUUUUGGAUAUCAGACGCUUUUCGAAUUAACUCAGAAGACAAAAGUUACAUCUCAAGUUCCUUUUCUCGAUUUUACGAAGAUACAACUCAUUCGGACGGUAAUAUAUUCACAGGGUCUGUAUACCCACUCACCUUCUCCGUUGUAUCUUGUGUAGCUUUCCAAUGGUUCUGA